AAGGCCUCUUUUCUUUACCUGGAUCUCAGGGUCGUUGAGGAGGCUCUUGAAAUUUUUGGUCCGAAGAAGUGAAGAAGGUGACGGUACAGUCUUGUCCGCUAAUACAAGCUGAAGUUCCGCGAGUGCUUUUAAAACCUAAAAGUGCAAUGGUGAACAAAUAAACCCAACAGCCAAAAUACCAUUUUAAAAAACUUUCGUUAAAGUUCACCUGUACGGGUCAAUGUUGUGUCGCAUCACGGACGGCCAGCAAAGUGCACCUUCGGAUGAUGAGUCAUCACAUUGUAAGUGCUGGCCAAAUUAGACACAUUUGACCAUAAUGUACAACUGAUCCCGAGCGAGUACGUGAUGCAAAAGAACAAUCGAUCGAAGAGUUUCGUGGUGACCGACCGUAUCUUGAAAUGUGGUGUUACGUCAAGUCUGUUGGUGUCGGUCCUUAUGAGGUGCAACUCGCUCGAAGACCACGAAGAUUGUGCGCGCAAAGUACCACUUCUCGGACCCGGAAGUACGGCCCUACGCUAUAAUGGCCAAUAACCGUCAAAGCCCCCCCCCCCCUCUUGUGAUUAUGUGGUGAAAGAUGUCCUCUGGCUAAUAGUGAGGGCAACCUCAAUCGAAAACAAAGAAGAAGUCGAUGCAGUAGAAGAAGAAACACCGAGAAGAAGAAGAAGAAGAAGAAGAAGAAGAAGAAGAAGAAGAAGAAGAAGGAUGUCCAAGUAAGCCCCAGCGUCUACAGGACCGGACGAUCAUCGUAGCAGCAACGCCCGCAACGUACUGGUGAGCUCAAACCAAAACCCCCUUGUUAAAAUUAAACAAUAAAAAAGUACAUAACCUCAAAACUCUGUGAAUACCUGAAAUAUUGUAUGGCCGUCUGAACCACAGCUGUAAUUUACUGUCCCUUGUAGAAAAUCUUGUUUUUCUUUGCCCAUUUCGCUUGUAAUGUCCGCCUUUUCACCACUAUAAUACCCCAGAAAUUCUCCAAGACCACCUCAACGACCCUGAGAUCCAGGUAAAGAAAAGAGGCCUUGAGCGCCCACCCCGGAAGCAGCCGUCGGCUCAAGACCAGCAGCUUGGGGCUUUGGCCGAUUCCCGUCUGGAAUCUGGCGAGCAUUAGUACCUGGCUCGAAGAUAAUCGUUUCAAGUGGAACAGGAAAUAGGUAACUAUCCCAGAAGAAAUAUUGUGUUGAAAAAAAAGGAAAAAUGAUGAUAAGUGUUUUAAGUGCUAUCGGAUGGAGCGUAAAAUCCAGGAAUUAAUUGGUUAUCUAUAUAUUUGAUUAUAAAUUUAAACAAUUUGAAGAAAAGCCAUAGUCGGCAAUAUUUAAAGAAAAAUCUAGAAGCAAAGAAAGCGUUUUGUUUAACCACUUACAAUGAAGCGAUAAAUUUAUUGUCAAAACCAGACAUAGAGCUGGUAGAAUUUAGUGAAAAACAUUACCUUGCGAAGCUAGAAAACACACUAAAAGAAUUGUGCCAUAUCAUCGACAUAAAACUAUUAGCCUUAACACGCAAAAUGGCUAAGCCAUUGGAUUUGAGCAUAGCUCUAAAAGUCGUUGAAAGAUUUGAAGGUGAAAGCCUGCAAUUAGAGCAUUUCAUUGAAACGCUGGAUUUGUUAAAAGCUUACUCUGAAGAUGUGCCCGAAGCAACAAUAUUAGCAUUUUUGAAAACCCGUAGAAGCCUCAAAGAUCAGUUUGCAAACCUAAGUAAAAACCAGUUCACAGAUUUGAUUGUAGAAAAAUUCAACGAAAUAGAUUUUGCAUUGAAAAGUAUUGACCCAGUCAAACGCCAAAAACGAUGGGAUAGGUUAGGCAGUGCUUGGAAAUUUUUAGCUGGCAAUCCCGAUGCCAAUGAUUUAAGAAUAAUCAACUCUUCGAUUAAUAACCUAAUUAUUAAUAAUAAUGAGCAGAUCAAGAUAAAUAGAGAGCUUAAUUUACCAUUAAAAGAGGAUAUUUUUAAAACCAAAAAGGCCAUAAGCCUAUUCAAUGUGGGAUCUAUUGAAAUCUAUUGUACACGAAUCUUGUUUCAUUUAUUUUUUUUAUCUGAAAGACUUAACCAAAUUAUUGAAACAAUAACGUUGGCAAAGUUAGGGAUCGUUAACGAAAAGGUUCUUAGUCAACAAGAAAUUGAAAUUUUGAUUGCAGAUUUAGAUAAGGAAAACGUGACAGUUCAUACAGCCAUUGAAGCCACAUCCUAUGCUUCUACCGCAAUAAUGUCAAACAAGCUAGAAAUCGCACUUAUCAUCAAGAUGCCCAAGCUGGACCCAAGGAUCUUCAACAAGGUGCACAUAUAUCCAAUUGUGCAGGACCGAAAGCAAAUUCACCUACCCAAUCCAUUCUUUCUCACCCACGAAAAAGACAUAUACCAGGUAAAUUCCAUUGAACCCAUCAUAUGCGACAAAAGCGAAACACACAUGGAUAACUCAACUUGCGUACCCCUUCUACUGAGAGGAAAUCCCGCAACAUGCAAUUUUACCAUUAACCCCACCUCAGAACAAAUCAGUUAUCUGGACGACCAACACCUUCUCAUCAAUUCAGUAACAAAUUUCACACUAUCGUCAAACUGUGGACUAACUGACAGAAAUCUGUCCGGAUCAUUCAUCAUACACUUUCACGACUGUCAUCUGAUCAUCAACAACAUCUCAUAUUAUCAACGCUCACAAAAGUUACCGGGAAAUCCGAUCCAACUACCGCUGGAUGGCAUCGAAGUUAAGAAACAUCAGUCUAGAGCACCUUCACAAGCUACACUUGGACACAAGAAAGGAGUUGGAAAUUAUUCGUCUCUCAGCCAAAAGUAUCAGCUGGCCGCAUUGGACAUUAAUCGGAGGAAUUUCGUUUUCUCCGCUCAUAAUUGGUUCAAUUAUUUUGAGUUGUUUCAGAGCAAAAACCAUCAAGGUGAAAUUCAAUAA